AUGCCGGUCAAGACAUCCAAGGGGUGCCUUGCUAUCGAGAUGGCCAGGGAACAGCGGUGGGAGGAGCUCGAGGACUACUACAUGAACAACACCGUUGUUAGGAAAACUUCCUACAAGUAUCUCUCGAUCCAGUGCUUCUGCCUGGUGAGCGACGGCGAGGCUCUGAGAGACAUCAGGAGCAGUACAGCUGCACUGCAUGCUGCCAAGGAUGUCGUAUCGAGCUAUCCUCCCCUCACAGACACGUCCAAGGCAGACACGUACGUGCUGGCUUACAGCCCUGAGGACGCCAAGUCUUUCAGAGACAGGGCGAUGGAGGCGGUGAAGUAUUUCCUUGGAGAGCAGCGAGCGGAUAAUCCGCGGUGGAGGGUGUGCUCGAUCGUGCUGAUGUACUUCCUGCGAUAUGAAGACACGCGGUUCUCUACCCGGAGGCUGCUGGCAUACUUCUAUUCGUGUAUGGACGAAUUUAUAGCAGGCCCCGAGCUGGUCAAGGACGUGCUGGAGUACAUUGGACGGAACAAGAUCUCGUCGCCGUCGUUCGAAGCAUGGAAGGCAAGUCAGACAGGUCGCAGCAUAUCGGACGACAAGCUGCUCAUUGCGAUCUUGGACUACACGAUCAGCAAGGAGAUGCGCAGAGUGAUAUCAGACCCAGAUGAGCGAGAUGAAGCAUUGGAGAUAUGGAGCAAGGUGAUCGAUGGGUGCUUGGACCCGUCGGUGUCAUGGGAGGAGGGGAUGGAUAAGAUCGAAGAGCAUCUUCGAAAUAAGACUGACCUUCAAGGUGGUCAGGAGGUCUUGUUCUACUUGUAUGUGCUGGAGAGAUCCGUGGAGGUCGAUUGA